AUGCGUGUCGUCUUAUCCAUUCGGCUCGCCACAACUUCUCCCACCAACAGUGUAUUGAUUGUAAUCGCCAUGGAGGCGGAAGCCAAACCCUUUGUGGAGCAUCUCGACUUGCUCAAGGACGACAACUUUUUCCCAUCCCAUGUUCCCUUCCACGCCUUUUCUGGAACCCACAACGGCAGUCGGGUAACUGUUGUUACCAACGGCAAGGACCACAUUUACGAGACAGGAGUGGACAAUUGCGGAACCGUGCCGGCAGCCGUAGUUUCCUUCCUCGCAUUGGAAAAGCUCAAGGAUGUGCCGAGUUUGGUUCUGAUCAACGCCGGUACGUGCGGAGGUUUCCAGCGCAAGGGAGCCGCCAUUGGGGACGUCUUUUUGACCACCGGCGUCGCGAAUCACGAUCGUCGGAUCCCCAUUCCCGACUUUAUUCCCUACGGCGUGGGCAAACUCGACACCAAGGUAUCCGUGCUCAACAUGGCUGCCGCCCUCGGCUUCAAGACGGGUGUUUGUACCACCGGAAAUUCACUCGACAAAACGGAGGAGGACGACAAACACAUGCUGGCUAACGACGCGUCCGUCAAGGACAUGGAAGCGGCCGCCAUCGCCUGGAGUUGUGCGCUGCACCAGGUCCCCUAUCUGGGACUCAAAGUCGUCACCGACAUUGUGGACGGAAACUUUGCAACGCAGGAUGAGUUUUUGGAAAAUUUGCACACGGCGUCCCAAUCACUCCAAAAGGCCCUGCCCAACGUUUUGGAAUACAUUGUGGGCAAGCAACAUCAUGAAUUGUAA